CACACACACACACGUCUUGCCCGGCUCUCAGGGCCGCAGCAUCCCGAGUCUGCAGCACCAUCCUCCCCCACCCCCACCCCCCGUGUGCGGAUGGUACGCUCCGGUAAGCCUGGCCGAGCUGCAGUGGAUGUUGCUAGAAUCCACGCGGAGGAAGGAAGAGACGCAGGCAGGCUGCGGUGACCCAAGCGGCCACCCCUCGCGUCAGGGACCCCUUCCUCGAGAGACACCAUGACCCAGGGAAAGCUCUCUGUGGCUAACAAGGCCCCCAGCACUGAGGGGCAGCAGCAGGCAAAUGGCGAGAAGAAGGAGGCCCCGGCAGCGCCCUCGGCACCACCCUCCUAUGAGGAGGCCACCUCUGGAGAGGGGCUGAAGGCAGGGGCCUUCCCCCAGGGCCCCACGGCUGUGCCUCUCCAUCCAAGCUGGGCCUAUGUGGACCCCAGCAGCAGCUCCAGCUACGAGGGUGAUCUCCCCACAGGGAACCACGCGCUCUUCACCACCUUCAGCUGGGAUGACCAGAAGGUUCGCCGGCUCUUCGUCAGAAAGGUCUAUACCAUUCUGUUGGUUCAGCUGCUGGUGACGUUGGCUGUCGUGGCCCUCUUCACAUUCUGUGACAUCGUUAAGGACUAUGUCCAGGCCAACCCAGGCUGGUACUGGGCGUCCUAUGCCGUGUUCUUUGCUACCUACCUGACCCUGGCUUGCUGUUCUGGACCCAGGAGGCACUUCCCUUGGAACCUGAUUCUCCUGGCCAUCUUUACCCUGUCCAUGGCCUAUCUCACUGGGAUGUUGUCCAGUUACUACAACACCACGUCUGUGCUGCUUUGCCUUGGCAUCACUGCCCUCGUCUGCCUGUCAGUCACCAUCUUCAGCUUCCAGACCAAGUUUGACUUCACCUCCUGCCAGGGCGUGCUGUUUGUGCUGCUCAUGACCCUCUUCUUCAGUGGACUCCUCCUAGCCGUCCUCCUGCCCUUCCAAUACGUGCCCUGGCUGCACGCCGUCUACGCCGUGCUCGGAGCGGGUGUGUUCACCUUGUUCCUGGCAUUUGACACCCAGUUGCUGAUGGGUAACCGCCGCCACUCGCUGAGCCCUGAGGAAUAUAUUUUUGGAGCCCUCAACAUCUACCUAGACGUCAUCUACAUCUUCACCUUCUUCCUGCAGCUUUUUGGCACCAACCGGGAAUGAGGAGGAGCCCUCCCCACCCCCACCUUCCUCCAGAGAAUGUCCCUUCCCUGUCCUGUGACCCUCUCUGUGCUCCUGCAAGACCAGAUAUAAACUUGCUGUGGCCAGCCUGUGAGCAGCUGCUCCUCCCGCAGCCAGCCCUCGCCUUGCCCUCUGCCGCUUGUAUAUAUGCCUUCCUCGGGGGCCCGUCAACCCCUGAGGUGCCCCGGGCACCCAAUUGCAUCUUCCAAAUGGGACAGUCAAGGCUGAGGGCAUCUCUGGGUUUGCAGACCCAAGAAAGGAAUGGGAGGAGCCCGGCAGACUCCCAGGGGUGGGAGGGGCACCCCAGGAAGCCUUGGCUGAGACUGUGACCCCACCAAGUCUUCUAGGACUCCAUUUUCUCUUUCAGGUCAAGCAACCAUGCUUUGCAAGAAAAAAAAAAAGGCAGAGGGGACAUGGCUGGGACGUGAGGACAGGGGUGCUGCGGUGUGGGGUGAAGCUGUCCCUCCUUGUUCUAAGACCUGGAUAAUAUAAAAGGUGGAGGAGG